AUGCGGCGAAGUAAGGCCGAAGUGGAACGCUAUAUUUAUUCAGUACAGAGUUCCUCUCCUUCACUCAAAGAGAAACCAAUUAAAGGACUUUUAUUUGCUAAAUUAUACUUCGAGGCUAAGGAGUAUGAACUUGCUAAAAGACAUGUUUCGGAAUAUCUGACGGUGGCCGAGAGAGAUCCCAAAGCACACAAGUUCCUGGGCCAGCUUUAUGAGAGGGAAGGAGAUAUCAACAAGGCCGUAGGAUGUUACAAGCGGUCUGUGGACCUGAACCCAGCCCAGGGGGACCUGGUUUUGAAGGUGGCUGAGCUGCUGGUCAGUAAGACAGAGAGAGACAGCAGAGCAGAGUUCUGGGUGGAGAAAGCUGCCAAGUUGUUGCCUGCAAAUCCUGCUGUCUUCAACCUCAAGGAGCGGCUACUGAAUCGACAGGGCCAGCAGGGACGGAACCAGUUGUUUGACCUGCUGCAGGCAGAGCUGGCUAUGAGACCUGGCGAUGCCCAUAUCAACAUAAAGCUGGUUCAGCUGUUCUCCUCUGAUGGCAGGCUGGAGGAGGCUGUCAAACACUGUCUGGCUACAGAGAAGAGAGGCCUGCUUAGAUCCAGUUUGGACUGGUACUCUACUGUGGUACACACUCUACAGGAUUUCCUAGCCCAGCCCAGUGUUUCAUCCAAUGAGAAGAUGAGUAGACAUCUGCAGAGAGAGCUACUUUUGGCCCACUGCAGCCUGCUGAGACUGACCCUGUCGGGAAAAGGACUGCAGCCUAGCAUCAAGGCCCUCGGGAGUUUUGACUGUGCGAUGCAGGGCCUGAAGAAGACAGCGGGCAGUGUAACAGAUGAUCUGUCUGAGGUCUAUGUGGAGAUGAGGGGACAUCUGUACCUGCAUGCUGGCACUCUGCUGCUGAAGAUGGCUCAGGAAAGAGAACAGCAGUGGAGGGCUGUCAUUGACCUGGCUGCUCUCUGCUAUUUACUGGCUUACCAGGUCCCGGGGCCGAAGAGCAAGGCGACUAAAGGGGACCAGUCUUCUCCUCAGCAUCUGGAGCUGCUGGCCAGUGAAAGACAGAGCCAGGCUGGACACAUGCUGCUUAACCUCAACCCUGACACUCAUACCUUUGUCAGAGAGGUGGUGGAGGCGUUUGGUAACCGUAGUGGUCAGGGCUCUCUGUUUGAGCUUUUGUUUGGGCUUCAGGCUCCGGCCGGUACUUCCUUCAUCGGCAACGACGACAUCCGCUCCAUCAACACACAGGCUCCAGCGAUAUCUGACCUCAUCAAACGGGACAACGGCUCCAUCCAGCUCAAAGGAGGGGACCUCCAGCAGCUGUGUUGGCUGGGUCUCCAGUGGUCUCUCAUGGCCCAGAGGCCUGCUCUGAGGGACUGGCUCAAACAGCUGUUCCCCAGGCUCAUCCUGGAGACCUCCAAACUGGACACCAACACACCUGAGUCCAUCUGCCUGCUAGACCUGGAGGUGUUCCUGUGUGGGGUGGUGUGGUGCAGUCACACCCAGCUCCAGGAGAGGGCCAGGAUCACUUCUACUGGUCAACAGCAACUCCAUGAGCCCCGCUGCCUGCCCCUGCCCCUCCUCCGCCUCCUCUCCACAGACAGACAGAGGGAAUGGUGGGACGCCGUCUACAGCCUCAUACACAAACAAGCUGCGCCUGGCAUGUCAGCCAAACUGAGGAUGACCGUUCAACAUGGACUAAGCACCCUUCGAGCUGGAGAGAAACAUGGCCUUCAACCAGCCCUGCCCAUACACUGGGCCCAGCACCUCAGUUCAACGGGGGUUGGUGUGAACUCCUACUAUGACCAGAAGGAGUACAUAGGGCGUAGUGUCCACUACUGGAAGGUGGUGCUCCCCCUGCUGGACAAAAUCAAGCAAAGACGCAGCAUCCCUGAACCCCUGGACCCCCUCUUCAUACACUUCCCCUCUAGAGACAUACAGAUCCCAUCAGUGAAGGGCUUUGAGGAGGAGGCCAUGAUAGCGUUUGCAACCCUCUUGGACGUCGAGGGGAGGACAGAGGAGGCUAUCACUACUCUGGAGACCAUCAACAACAUUUCAUCUAACUGGCACCUAGCUAGGAUCUUCCAGCGUCUGUCUGAGGAGGCUGGUAGUGGGGUGGAGGAGACUCGGGACAGGUGCGUCAUGUUCCUCGGGAAGUUCAGAACUUACCUGUCCAAGAUCUACAAUGCCAAUGCUGACGACAUGGACAAGCUGCCCGUUUCAAUGGAAGAAGUUAUGGAUCUCCUGAACGAUGUGAACCAGCAGCUAGGGGAGAUUGGAGAAGCGAUGGAUGAAGAGGGCAGACCGGUCCACUUCAGCCCUCAGUUUACUGAGCCUGCUGCCUCAGUCUCUCACAUCAAAUUCACCCCGUUAACCCCUUCCCCCAGCAAGAGCUUUGUCCCUCCCUCCAAAAGACACAUGACGCCACCUCAUUGGGCAGAGCACCAGAAGUCCCUCCUGCAGAUGCUCUGCCAGCAGGUGGAGGCCCUUAAGAAUGAGGUCCAUGACCUGAGACAUAACUCGUCAGACAGCAUGGCGUCACCCCACCAAAGGAUGUAUGGAGAUGGGUAUGGGGCUGAGAGCAUGCAGGAGGGCUACCCCCCAACACAGACCUUCCAUGUAGCACCCCUCACCGUUGCCACCACACAGGCCCCAUCUAUGUAUUUCAAUCAAUCCCCUGCUUAUAACUCCGGACAGUAUCUCCUUCGUCCUGCAGCCAAUGUUACCCCAACAAAGGCUCCUGUGUAUGGAGUCAACCGCCUGCCACCCCAGCAGCACAUGUAUGCCUACCAGCAGCCCACUAACACUCCUCCCCUGCAGUCAACACCAGCCUGCAUCUACCCUCCCCAAGACCAGGUUUUCGGCACCCCCCUCCACUUCGAGUCACCAGCAACCAGUCUACUCUCCCCAUACAGCGAGGAAUACUACGGCCAUUCUCAGCCCACCACCAACCCUCCCCUCCCUGAGCCUGGCUACUUCACCAAGCCCUCAGUCGUAUCUGUCCAACCACCAAAGAGCAUUGAGGGGAAGCCUGUGGACUUUGGGAAGAUCGCCUUUGGCCAGCAGGUCCCUGCUGAGCCUCUUAAGGUGCCUGGCUUUGGUGCUGGAGUCGUCGCCCAGUCCACUCCAUCAUCUGCUGCCUUUAAAUUCAACUCCAACUUCAAAUCCAACGAUGGGGACUUCACCUUCAAAGCCAAAAACAGUGAGAACCUGUUGGGGCUUCUAACAUCAGACAUUUCCACCAAAUCGGAGGGCCCCUCAGAGGUGGAGCCUCCUAGCCAGGGAGGGAUAUUUAGCUUUGGCACUAAAAGCGUGGCAGGCUUCUCCUUCACUGAUGCAGCCCAGAGUCGGGACAGACCAAACCUUUUUGAAAAAAUUGAACAGCCAUUUAGUUUCGCUGAUCAGACCAAGCCGGUAUUUGGGCUGGAGAACACAGCGGUGGAGAAAGGACCGGAGAGCGAUAACGACAGCACACAUGUGGAGGAGGAUGAGGAUGGGCCUCACUUUGAGCCCAUUGUGCCCCUCCCUGACAAAGUAGAUGUGAAGACUGGAGAGGAGGAAGAAGAGGAGAUGUUCUGUAACAGGUCCAAGCUGUUCAGAUUUGACGCAGAGACAAAGGAGUGGAAAGAGAGGGGCAUCGGCAUAGUCAAAAUCCUAAAGCACAAUACAUCAGGGAAAGUGCGUCUGCUGAUGAGGAGGGAGCAGGUUCUGAAGAUAUGUGCUAACCACUACAUCACGCCAGAUAUGCUCCUGAAACCAAUUGCUGGCUCUGACAAGUCCUGGGUCUGGAAUGCCAUUGAUUAUGCAGAUGAGGAACCAAGGCCUGAGCAACUGGCCAUCCGGUAUAAAACGGCAGACGAGGCAUUGCUCUUCAAAACAAAGUUUGAAGAGGCUCAGAAGAUAGUUCCCAAAUCUCCAGAAAAGGGGCAAGAUCAGCCAGAUAAGAAAGCAACUUCUCCUAAUUCAUCUGCUCCUCAGGUGACAAACUUUGCUGCCCAGUUUGCAAAGAAGGACUGCGACGUGUGCUAUGUAAGAAAUGCUGCUACAAUUAUGCACUGUGUUGCCUGUCAGACUGCCAACCCUAAUUCCCUGUCAGAGAAAGACGGCAAACUGGCUACUGAAACCAAAGGCUUUACUAGUGGGGGAGCUUCAGUGAGAGGAUUUACUUUUGGAUUUGGAACUGACUUGUCAAAAGACACCAGCAGCACAGGAUCUAUUGGAAAGGGAUUUGGGGCUUUUGGAGCUCAGAUACCCUCCUCCUUUACGUUUGGAACCAGUGGCUCCACUUCUAUACCUGUUGCUGGUUUUGGAGCCCAGUUUGGUAAGAAGAAAGAAACCGCAGAAGUAGCAGCAGAAUCAAAGCCCUCAACCAUGCCAUUUGGCUCUGGAUUUGGUGCCCAGUUUGGCAAAAAGCCAGGGCAGUGGGACUGUGACAUGUGUGCUGUAAGAAACCAGGCCUCCUCAAACAGUUGUGUUUCUUGUCAAACUCCAAACCAUGCAGCCAAAACGGUUGUAGAUGGAGCAGCAGCAUCAAAGCCCUUAACCAAUCCAUUAGGUUCUGGAUUUGGUGCCCAGUUUGGCAAAAAGCCAGGGCAGUGGGACUGUGACAUGUGUGCUGUAAGAAACCAGGCCUCCUCAAACAGUUGUGUUUCUUGUCAAACUCCAAACCAUGCAGCCAAAACGGUUGUAGAUGGAGCAGCAGCAUCAAAGCCCUUAACCAAUCUAUUAGGUUCUGGAUUUGGUGCCCAGUUUGGCAAAAAGCCAGGGCAGUGGGACUGUGACAUGUGUGCUGUAAGAAACCAGGCCUCCUCAAACAGUUGUGUUUCUUGUCAAACUCCAAACCAUGCAGCCAAAACGGUUGUAGAUGGAGCAGCAGCAUCAAAGCCCUUAACCAAUCUAUUAGGUUCUGGAUUUGGUGCCCAGUUUGGCAAAAAGCCAGGGCAGUGGGACUGUGACAUGUGUGCUGUAAGAAACCAGGCCUCCUCAAACAGUUGUGUUUCUUGUCAAACUCCAAACCAUGCAGCCAAAACGGUUGUAGAUGGAGCAGCAGCAUCAAAGCCCUUAACCAAUCUAUUAGGUUCUGGAUUUGGUGCCCAGUUUGGCAAAAAGCCAGGGCAGUGGGACUGUGACAUGUGUGCUGUAAGAAACCAGGCCUCCUCAAACAGUUGUGUUUCUUGUCAAACUCCAAAUCCCUCAGCAAAAUCAACAGUUGAGGUAGCACCACCAUCAAAGCCAACAGUGUCAGGCUUUGGUGAUCUUUUUGCUAAGAGGGACAGACAAUGGGACUGUGACACCUGCCUAGUGAGGAAUGAUGCAUCAGUUUCUAAGUGUGUUUCCUGCCAGACACCCAAUGCUAGCAGCACCCCCUCUCUUGAGGCCAUGUUUGCCAAACAGGGGGGACAGUGGGACUGUGACACAUGUCUAGUCAGAAACGACAGCUCUGCUAGUCAAUGUGUCUCCUGUCAGACACCCAACGCUAAGAGCACAGCCACCCCCUCCAGCUCAUCCUUCAGCUUUAGCUUUGGGAGUCAAAGUACAUCUACUCAGUCCGUAGGCAAUGUGUUUAAAGCAAACUUCAACAGUGACAGCUCUUUUCAGUUUGGCACAAGCAAAGUUGAUAAAGGUUCCCCUGCAUCCUUCAAGUUUGAGACCCCUCAGGCUGAAAGCAGUGGCUCCAGUGCUGCAGGCUUCUCUUUCAAUAUGCCCGUCCCAGCAGGUGGCUUUAAGUUUGGCACUCAAACGGCAAAGGAAACCCCACCAGAUGAAACUCAGACUGCUGCUUCAGGGUCUGCGUCCAUGUUCCUGAAGAAUAUCGCAGAGCAGCACAGAGAAAAAGAGAAGGAAUCUGGUGUCGGUAUAUCUGCGUCAGUGCCUUCAGUGGACAACACCGAUCAGGAUGAGAAUGGCAAACCCAAUGACUUCAGUUUUGCAGAUUUGGCUAAGAUUUCACAAGGAGACUUCACCCAUGGUGGCGAGCAGCUGUUCACAUCCCUUCAGUCAAACCAGUGGGCAGACACUUCCGCUGACCAGGAUGAAGAGGACAUAUACAAAACAGAAGAGAAUGACGAUAUCCAAUUUGAACCUGUGGUCCAGAUGCCUGAUAAAGUGGACCUGGUCACAGGAGAGGAGGAUGAACAGGCCCUUUACUCACAGAGAGUAAAGCUCUUCAGGUUUGACGGAGACAUUAGCCAGUGGAAGGAGAGGGGUGUUGGAGUCCUCAAGUUCCUGAAGAAUGCCACCAACGGCAGGCUGAGGGUGCUGAUGAGGAGAGAGCAGGUCCUGAAGGUGUGUGCCAACCACUGGAUCACCACCACCAUGAACUUGAAGCCCUUGGCUGGUUCCGACAAAGCUUGGAUGUGGCUUGCUAAUGACUUCUCAGAAGGAGAUGCCAAACUGGAGCAACUCGCCGCCAAGUUUAAAACCCCAGAGCUGGCUGAGGAGUUCAAGCUUAAGUUUGAGGAGUGUCAGAGGCUCCUGUUGGACAUCCCACUGCAGACUCCUCACAAGCUUGUCGACACAGGCAGAACUGCACAUCUCAUCCAGAAGGCAGAGGAGAUGAAGUCCGGUCUGAAAGACCUUAAAUCCUUCCUGACUGAUGACAAAACAAAGAUCAAGGAGGACGACAGCCAAGCUAACAUCACAACAGCCAGUAACACCUCAGGUCUGAUCAUCAAGCCCCACGCGGAGAGCACUGGCCCUACCUUAGAAUGGGACAACUAUGACCUGAGAGAGGAGGCUCUGGAUGACAGUGCUGACACAUCUGUCUACGCCUCACCCCUAGCAAGCAGCCCAAUCAGGAAGAACCUCUUCUGCUUUGGAGAAUCCACAGCUGGCUUUAACUUCAGCUUCCAGCCUGUCGUCAGUCCUACCAAGUCUCCGGCCAAGCUGAACCAGAGCGGGGUGUCUGUGGACGAGGAGCAAGACGUGACCCAGGAGGAGGAGCGGGACGGCCUGUACUUUGAGCCUGUGGUUCCCCUGCCAGACCUGGUGGAGAUCUCCACUGGAGAGGAGAAUGAAAAUGUGUGUUUCAGCCACAGAGCAAAGCUGUACCGCUAUGACAAAGACCUGAACCAGUGGAAGGAGAGGGGCAUUGGAGACCUUAAGAUACUGCAGAACUACGACACCAAACGAGUCAGACUCCUCAUGAGGCGGGACCAAGUCCUGAAGAUCUGCGCAAACCACUGGGUCACGUCUUCUAUGAAGUUGGAGCCCAUGAAGGGUGCUGAGAAGGCCUGGGUCUGGAGUGCCAUUGACUUUGCUGAGGUAGCUGAGGGAAAUGUGGAGCAGUUAGCAGUGAGGUUUAAACUGCAGGAUGUGGCCAACUCUUUCAGAGACGUCUUUGACGAGGCUAAAACCGCCCAAGAGAAUGAGAUUCUGGUUACUCCCAUAGCCUCCUGUGAGACCCCUCAGGAGGUAGCAACAGCUCCAGGGAUGACAGUGUGUGGACAGGCUGCUGUGGCCAUCCUGGAGGAGACCACCAGAGAACGGACAGAGCUGUCUUCUGAGACUUUCCACACCCCUGACAGCAAGGCCUCCACUUCCACACCACACAGCCCUCUCAACCCCUCUAAGAUGGUGAUGUCUCCUCCCAAGUUCCUCUUCGGAACCGACUCUCUCCAGAAGAUCUUUGGCAGCAGCCUCCCGUUGUCCAAGGAGGAUGGUUCUUCAGAAAGCUCCAAGGCUAAAGACAGCGGUUGGACCUCCCAGCCCUCACCUGCAUUCAAAAUCCCUGAAAAAGCACCCCCCCAGGCAAAGGCUGAUGAUGACAGUGAGGUGGAGGUGGUGUACGAGAGGCAGCCGACUGUGGAGCAGGCUGCUUUGGCCAGGGAACUCCUGCUGCCUCUCACCUUCUUCUGCUACCAGAACGAACCAGGAAACACUAGUGACGACCAGACGGACGAUGAGGACUUUGAGACUGCAGUUAAAGCGCUGAAUGGAAAACUGUACCAGGAUCCUCCUGAGAGAAAGGCUGCAAGUUCUGCAGCUCAGGCCGAGAUAGGUGCUGAGGGUCUGUACCCGGAGGUUGAGGUGGUGUUGGAGAAGAGGUCUACUCCAGAUGAGGAGCAGAAAGCCAAGCCGCUGCAGCUGCCUCCAACUUUUUGUGGUGUAGGCGGCAAGGCAGAGAAAGACGAGCCAGAGGACUUCAAGACAGAGAACACAGAGAGAAGCGCACACCCUGUUUCAUCUGAGGCUGUGUCCUCCAGCACCGGCGAUACAGUGCCAGAACAACAGUUCCGAGACCAGUCCCCCAGCAGCCAGGUACAGGUUCCAGAUCUGUCUGAGGCAGAGGUUCAGUCCUCUGCAGCAGAGGCUGAGUUCCUAGCUCAGUCGGUAACCAUCCAGGAGGCAGAGGUCCAGCAGACUCCAGAUCAGUCAGACUCCACUCCAACACAGUCUCAGACUGCGGUCUCCAGCAGCGGGGAGCAGGCUCAAACUUCAAACCCUUCAGCAAAACCUGCUGCUAGUGCCCCAGCUUUGGUGACUGCCUCAUUUGGAUUUGGUGCACAGUUUGUCAAAAAGCCAGGGCAGUGGGAGUGUGACGCAUGUCUUGUUAGAAAUGAGGAGUCUGCAAGCAGUUGUGUUUCUUGUCAAACUCCAAACCCUGCAGCCAGCAGUGGUAAGCAGGCUCCAGAUCAGUCAGACUCUACUCCUGCAUCUACCAGCAGCAGCCCCAUAGACCUGUCUACCAAGAAGACCUCGGAGCCGGACUCCACGUCGACAUUUACUACAACCGUUACUCAGGAUGCUCCAAACUCAUUUGGCUCCUUGGGCUUCAGUGAUCUGGGAGGGGAAGGGAUCUCCUUCGCUGAUCUGGCACAGAACACUGGGGGUGAAUUCGCCUUCGGAAAACAAGAUUCUAACUUCUCGUGGGCGAAUGCCGGGGCUACGUUGUUUGGAGCUGCAGCCCCACCCAAAACUGAAGGAGGGGAGGAGAGGAGUCAUGAAGAGGACGCUAAUAAUGUGGAAAUUCACUUUGAUCCCAUAGUCACCCUACCAGAGGUGGAGACUAAGUCAGGGGAGGAGGAUGAGGAGAUCCUGUUUAAGGAGCGUACCAAGCUGUACCGCUGGGAGAGAGACCUGGGCCAGUGGAAGGAGAGGGGUGUGGGAGACAUCAAGAUCCUCUUCCACCCCGAUAAGAGGUUCUACCGGGUGCUGAUGAGGAGGGAGCAGGUGCUGAAGGUGUGUGCCAAUCACACCAUCUGCCAGAGCAUGGAGCUCAAACCCAUGAACACCUCCAACCAAGCCCUCGUCUGGACCGCUACCGACUUUGCAGAGGGCGAGGGUAAGGUGGAGCAGUUGGCAGCCAAGUUCAAGACAGCAGAGCUGGCUGAGUGUUUCAGGAAGACCUUCUGUGAGUGUCAGAGCCGUAUGAGCCAAUCAGAGGCCUCGGCCCUCUCCCCCCAGAUGUCCAGGGUCCAGGAACAUUCCAGAGACACCAACCCCCAGGUGUACCUCUCCAUCUCCGCUGACGACGAGCCCCUGGGAAUGGUCACCAUAGAACUGUUCUCUCACAUUGUCCCCAAGACGGCUGAGAACUUCAGAGCGCUGUGUACAGGACAGAAAGGCUUCGGGCUGCGCAACUCUGUCUUCCACAGGAUCGUACCGGACUUCAUGUGUCAGGGUGGUGACCUCACCAACCAGGACGGGACAGGAGGGAAGUCCAUCUACGGGAACAAGUUCGAGGACGAGAACUUUGAUGUGCGCCACACGGGUCCGGGGCUGCUGUCCAUGGCCAACCAAGGCCGAGACACCAACAACUCCCAGUUCUUCAUCACACUGAAGAAGGCUGAGCACCUGGACUUCAAACACGUGGCCUUUGGCUUCGUCAGAGAGGGCAUGGAUGUGGUCCGCAGCAUGGGAGAGCUGGGCACCAAGACUGGCAAACCCAGCAAGAAGAUUGUCAUCACCAAAUGUGGACAACUGUAGAGCUUGAGCUCUGGUCACUGACUGGACAACUCCACUGUAGUGCUGAACAUGUAGUCACUGACUGGAUGGCUAUGGGCCUUCACUCUGGUCAUGGACUGGGGAGUUAUAGCAUUUCAAACUGAGCACAAUUAUAGUAGGCAGAUAUCAAAUGAAACCCUAUUCCCCAUAUAGUGCACUCCACUUAGUGCACUUUUUUUGAGCUGAGCCCCAAGUGCUCUGGUAGUGCACAAUGGGGGGAAUAGGCUUUAAUUUGAGACCGGGCCAGUGUCUCCUUCUGAGUUGCACUUUCUCCCUGCCGCAUCCUGAGGGCUGCAUGUCCCUGUGUGAAUCCCCAGACUCUUUGUGUGUAUAAUGUACAUGGACUACUUUUUUGUCUUUUUUGUGUGCAUGUGUUCCAAUAAGAGUUGACAGCGCUGGUUCCUUCAUAAGCUCCCUCACCCAAUUUGUUUUGUGUAAUUAAGUCUUAAUUGAGAUUAUCGCGACCUUUUUUUUAAACCAACCAAUGUUUGUUUGGUACUGUGUUCCUUUUGCUGCCUGUGUAUACUUUUUUUUAGGUGUGUGUGUAGGCUAUACAUUGAUUUCAUAAUGUGCAAAUUGAGACUCUACACCUGUCUUAAACUAAAAGGUAGGAAUAUGAAGUCUGACAAUUUGGGAGAGGCGACAUACUAAAUAUAAUAUUUUAUGGUCGGGUCACAAUUGGGGUUAACAAUUCUUAUUGUCAAUAAAUAAAUACAAGAUGCUG